AUGUCAGACUCAAUACAAACCAAAAACCUGGAGGAUUUGUCACCAGUGGAGAUAGACACUUUUAUGAAUACGAAAUCUCGACUUCCAGAAUUUGAUCGUAGUGAUCCUGAGUUAUGGUUUGCUCAACUAGAGCAUUAUUUCACGAGACAAAAUAUCAAAUCUGAAAGAAUUCUCUAUAGAGACUUAUGUUCUAUCAUUCCUCAUUUAGUCGCCAAAGAAGUCCGUGAUUUGAUUUUAAGUUCACCAUCACCACAAUCAUACACCAUUUUAAGACGAGAGAUAAUGAACCGUUUAUCAUUAUCAGGCAGUCAAAUAAUCCAACGGCUUUUUCAAGCAGAAACACUAGGUGAUAGGUCGCCGUCACAGUUUUUACGUCACCUUCAAGUCUUGAUGGGUGAUAACACAAUGAAUAAUUUUUCACUAUCAUUACUUAGAAAUAAUGAUCUAACUACUAAAACUACUUAUAUGAAUAUCAGUAGUUCUCAUCAAUAUGAUAAUUAUACUUAUUCAUGUAUUGAUCAUUAUCAAUGGUUAGAAUUAUUUCAUCAAUAUUAUCAACGUAUACAUGUUUAUUUAUGUUUAAUAUUAUGUCCAAUUGGUGUUAUAGCUAAUACAUUAAAUGUAAUUGUAUUAUGUCAAACACGUUUACGUAAUCCAACGAAUUUAUUAUUAACUGUAUUAGCUGUUAGUGAUGGUUUUGUGAUGUUUAUUUAUAUUAUAUUUGAUUAUUUUUAUUUAAUGACACCAAGAUUAAUUAUUGGUAUGUCUAAAUCAUAUGCUCAAUUAUUAUUAAUUAAUAUUGUAUUACAAAAUUUAUUUCAUACAUUCUCUGCAUGGAUUAUAGUUGCUGUAGCUAUAUUUCGUUUAAUUUAUAUUAAAACUGGUGUUCGAGCUGCUAUUUAUUGUAAUAUGCUUAAAGCAUGGAUUGUUAUUAUAAUAGUAUUAAUUAGUUCUAUAUUAUUAACUAUACCAUUUAUGAUUGCACAUCAAGUACGUAUUAAAACAAAUGAUCAUUUAUUAUUGAUGAAUUAUCAAAAUAUAAUCAAUAAUCAAUCAGAUACAAUCAGAUUCAAUCAUUCUAAUUAUAAUAAUAAUACUAAUAAUAUAAUCAAUAAUCAAUCAGAUACAAUGAUAUUAUAUGAAGUUGAUUAUACAACUAAUAUAAAUUUAAGAAUAAUAUUAUUUUGGAAUUCAGCUAUACUUGUUAAAGCAUUACCAAUAUUAAUUAUGACAACAGUAAGUACAGCAUUAAUAUUAUCCAUAAGAGAAUCAGAGAAACGUUAUCGUAUAUUAAGAAGAUAUCAUCAUUGUAAAAAUUUUCAAAUGACAAUAGAAACUACACGGGUUGAAAGUUUUAUUCAUAAUAAUAAUAAUAAUGAUAAUAAUAAUAAUAAUGAGGAUAAUGAUAAAUCAAUGACAGUACAACGUUCAAAACACAAAUCCAGUUCACAUCCUGAAACGUAUUCUGGUGGACGUAGUGCAAAUCAAACUACAUAUAUGUUACUUACUAUUAUUUUGUUAUAUAUAUUUACAUAUUUACCACAAUCUGCAUUGUUAAUAUUAAACAAUUUUCAAGGUGGAUGUUUCAGUGCAAUGGUUUAUGAAAGAUUAGGUGAUUUCUUGGAUUUUUAACAUUAAUUAAUAAUGGAUUAAAUUUUAUUUUAUAUUGUGUUAUGUCAAGACAAUUUCGAUAUACAUUUUUACAAUUAUUUUGCCCAUUUCUCAAUUUAUAAGAUGCUUAUAAUGAAAAUGAUUAGGAAAAUGAUUGUAUAUGUACAGACAAAUAUAUAUAUAUAU